AUGGUUGUAGCAAUGCUCCCGAGGCUCGUUGCCGUGGCGGCGCUGGUCGCGCUGAUGUGCGCCGUUGCUGUGGGCCAGAAUGUACCUGCCGUCGGCGGUGCGCCGGUCUGCGACGGUGUCGAUCAAAAUGUCGUGAAUGCGUGCUUCGAGAGCUGUGGAAAAGGUAUGAAAAUUGCCACUGCCGACAGGACUACUUCGGCGGGUAAUACCAAGGUUCAAGUGGACUGCUGUGUAGCCUUUGGAGGCCACUCGUGCAUGUGCCAGAUGAAGAAGGCGUGGAAGGCUCAGGGCAAAAGUGCUCAGAAUAAUGUGCAAUGCGUCAGGGAAAAGGCAUGCUAG